AUGACAUCGACACCGAUGACGACUACAACGACGACGACUACGACCACCUCGAUAACGACGACAACAACAAGGCAACGAUAUCGAAGGCCUCGGUUGGGUGGCAGGGACGGGCCUGGGUCCUCGACGACGGCCUUGCGACACCAACCUCACGACACCGACCUCACGACACCGACCUCACGACACCGACCUCACGACACCGACCUCACGGCACCGGUCUCACAGCAACGACCUCGCGCCACCAGCACUGACGACGACCUCAACAAGACAACGAGAUCUACAGGCCUCGGUUGGGUGGUUGGGACGGGCCUGGGACAACGACCAUCUAGCACCUCUUAG